AUGGCAUCCAACAUACGCCUCAAAAUGCCUGCAACCUCCACUCUCUACAUCAACGACAUCAACACCGCAUCCUGCACACGCUUCAAGUCCGAAUACUCCAGCCACGGUCCCAUAGAAAUCAGUGCUUCAGCACGAGAAGCCGCCGAAAAAGCCAAAUACCUCAUCUCCAUCGUACCCGACGGUGCAGACGUGAAAAAAGUAUACCUGGACCCCGAAACCGGCGUCAUCGCCGCGCGUAAAGAUGAGGAAAGAAUAAUGCUCGAAUGCAGCACCAUCGACGUGCAAACCACAAAAGAAGUCGGCACCGCACUCCAUCACGCAGGCCUAGGAACAUACAUCGACGCCCCCGUAUCCGGUGGCGUCCCCGCCGCCCAAGCAGGCACUCUCACCCUCAUAGUCGGCCACGCACCUCCCUCCUCCGCGGCCUCCAACCCGGACCUAUCCACCCGCCUCACCCAAAUUCUCUCCAUGCUGGGCCCUGCCUCGAAAUGCUUCUACAUGCACACCCUGGGCGCAGGCCUAACCGCCAAAAUCGCAAACAACUACCUCUCAGGCACCAUCCUCGUCGCCACCGCCGAAGCCCUGGCGCUAGGCAUAUCGCACGGCCUCGACCCGGCCGCCCUGUACUCCGUCAUCAAAUCUAGCACGGGCCAGUCGUGGAUGUGCGAUCACGUCAUGCCGGUGCCGAACGUGCAGACAGACUACUGGGUCCCGAGCAACAGCGGGUAUAAACCGGGGUUUAAGACGCAGAUGAUGAUUAAGGAUCUGGGGCUGGGCGUGCAGAGUGCGAGGCAGGUGGGGACGGGGUGUAGUAUGGCGGAGAAGGCGUUGGAGGUUUGGGAGGGGGCGGCACAGGAUCAGCGGUGUAGGGAUAGGGAUGGGAGUAGUGUUUAUUUGUUUGUUGGGGGGAAGUUGCCCGAGGGACAUGAGGAUAAGGGGAGGAGGAGGGAGGAUGGGACGUGGGAAUUUGUGGAGUAG